UGUAAAGGCUAGGCCUGAGAAAGUCGUCGCCAUAUAUGAAUUUAUACAUGGGUAAAUUAAAUACGCAGCUUAACAUUAAGUAAAGGUUUUCUACAAUAAUUUUAAUUAAGGAAAUCCAGAUAAAUAUAGGGGUCCGUAUUAUUAAAAAAGUAGAAGGUUUUAAAUUUAAGCUACAUACUUUGUUAACAACCUCUAUUAUCAAAAUGUCAAUUUCACACAUUUGAUAAAGACACGGUGUUGUCGAAACAAUUGUCAUGUCAAAAUAUAUAAUUUCGUGAAAAUCUGAACUUUUAGUUCUUAUCUAUUUUGAUAAAUGGAUUUUCAUCAAGUAAAAGCCUCUAUAUGUAAAUUUUGCCUUGCUUUUUUUUACUUUUUGAUAUUAUCCACGAAAUGGGUGGUGCAAACAUGCGGUUUUCUUAUGGAAACAUUUAAACAGAGAAAUUUUUUUGAACUUAAUCAAAAUUGAGUCAUCGAGUAGCGGUUAAACUGCGUUUAGCUUGGAAACUACACUAACGUUUUAUUCAUUGUGUUAUAAUAAACUAGAUAAAGUCAUAACAAUCAAUAUUCCCCAAAAAUUUAACUAACAACCGGGCUUUUUUAGAGUUAUUUGACAUUGUGAUAAAUGUUAGAUUACUAAAGACUUAUAGGGAAAGGCAAAAAGGAAUAGUAUAUUAUGCAACAAGUGCGGUAAACGGCAUUUGACUCACGAGUUUAUUUGACACGAGCGGAGCGAGUAUUUAAUAAACGAAAAAGUGUACCGAACUACUACUGCAUACUAUACUUUUUCUACGACGGUUAGUUGUUGGGUACAUUUUCGCAAAAUACGAAUACAUUCAUUGACAUGACUGUCAGAAUUGACAAACGUCAAAACUCAAAGCAUGAGAAAUAUCUCCGAAAACAUUCGAUUGCUCCCAAAACUCGUGCGGAGAAACCCCGGAAAUGUCCGAAGUGGCUCGGAUUCGUGGGAAACGAAACUGACAUGGUAAAGCGACGCUUCUCGCACGCUAGAUCGGUAUUUUACAGACGGGAGUAGAAAAAUAUCUUUUUGAUGUGGAGUGAGAACCAAUUUAUAGAGCGUUCUUUUUAGUUUUAUUAUAUUAUUAUAUAAUGUUUCAAUUUCUCUGUAAGCUACGCCCGAAGCAACAUUGAACUCUAUAGAUAUCUUUCCAGAUCUCCCUGUUAAUUUGAUAUAUAUUCUUAUAUUUGUUGUGUAUAAAUGUUGUGUACUUCUUUUUUUCUCGAACCGCUGGUAAAGAAGCACUGUUAUUUAACUUCAACAACGAUAUCCAUACUUGAUCGAAGUUCACAUAUCAACCACAGUUUAGUGGAACUUAAGUUAAACCGGCUCUAAAUCGUAGUAAACAUUUACUAGUGCCUUAGCAGUUAGCUAUGCGCUUAAUCUGAAACCAAUUUUUCUUGUUUGUUGAACAUUUUUUCCACCAGAGGUCACACUGAAUUGUAAUAUCGCCUAUAGUUUGUUUUGUCUGCUAAAAAAAUUGUAUCAGUGGACAGAUGCGAGUAUUAGAUCUUAGUAUCCGCUUAAAUUUGUUGCUUUAAAACAUGAAACGCAUUUGGAUUCCUUUUUAAUACACAACAGGGGUUGUGCGGCAAAAUUUUGAAAGUUACGCGCGACUAUAAUCUGUUCCUAAGCAAUGUACAGUAAUAAAUUUUCGCGCAUUUUUCUUCAAAAAAAGAAGUUUUGGUUGAGUGUUUAGGUUUGAAACAACUAUCUCUAUAAUACUUGUUGCAUGUGCCGCUCAAAGCGAUUCCCCGAGGACGGGGGGGCAAUUCGUGAAGGUCCACCCGUCCCGGUUGCCAUCCAUAACCACAGAGCUUUGAUCUAACGAGAGGCGGCGGUAAACGUUGACACCUUUCAUGGUCAGGGGGAUUCAUUUCUAAAGACCUUGCUUUCGUCGAGAUCGCUUCACUCGAUGUUUAUAGACCGAGAGAAAUUUGGUUUAAGGAAAGCACCUUCGAAAUCACCCUUUCGUUAUUUUAUUUAUUUUCUUUUAAAUAGAACUAAAUUGAUUUUAAACAAGAAAUUGCGUUACCUUUUUAAUUCAGAAUAUGGUCGAGCAAGUUUGAAAUAAAAAUGCACAAAAAUAAAAACUAAAUAUCUUUUAUUAUUAUUAAAAUAAAAACGGUGUGGAUUGAAGUGUAGAUAAAAAAGUCAUAGAAUACAAAGAGUUGUAAUUUGUUUAGUACUUUAUAGGCAUUAUCAUCAAUAAAAAUAUUUAUAUAAAAUCUUCUGAAACCACAUAAAUACAUACAUAAAUAUAAUAAUGAUUUAUAAGUAGCAUUAUGUGUUUUUGUAAGAAAAGUCUAUGUUGUAGAAUAGUGGUUCCUAAAGUGGCCCUCAGGGCCCCACAGGUGACCCAUCGGGGAUCGACCUUGGCGUGACAAAUAGAUGACAUUUAGAUGGAAUUUAUAUGGAAUAUGGUAGAACCAGCUAAAUUUUUAAAGGGGUUUGUGAGGAGAAAAUAAUAAUACUUGUUCAAAUCAAUUAUUAUUAUUCUAAAUUAAAUGGAAAUUGAAUAAACUUAUACCCAUGCCGGUCUGUAAAUGACACCCACAAACAAUAUAUAUAAUUAAAGAAUUAAAAGAACACAAUUAAAGAACUAAGAAAGAAUCGUAAGAAGAGAGUAAUAACGCAUCAACAAGGUGUGGAAUAAGUUCUUUAUAUAUCUUUAUAUCCGGGACCUCCGAUCAUGCGCCGUACACCGUCGCCUCUCGCUGGAUUGGAGCCCUCUGUCCAGAACCGCCGCCUAACAAUUAUAUUAAUUCCGUUGAUUAACACACCUCGUUAUUGACUAAAAAAGCCCGCGGGUGUAAAACGCAACCGUCACAAAAAGAUAUCGAUAAAGACCGCGUAUCUCGUUUCCGCUCUACCAACAGUUUUAUCUCCGACACUGGCGGGUAUACGCGAUCACACGCUCUCUCUCUAGCUCUUCGAAAAAUAAAUAAUGUCUUUCGUGGAAUCGACGAUGGUGAAAAAAGAGGCGGCGCAGGUGCGACACUCUAGGUACCGCUUUCCGAGAUUAUUUUCGAAAUGCUCGGCCGUCACCCCCGCCAACCAAAACCGCCCCCGCGUCGUUUUCGCUCAAAAGGGCGUGACCUUUAGUUUCGGUGACGAUGGUGGGGCGGUGAAACGGUACUCGGGAGGCCUGGGGGAGGCGGUACUACUGUCGCGCGACGCGCCGCCGCUGCCUUUUAUCGACGAAACGGAAAAUAAAACGAGUCGCUUGGGGAUGCAAAGUAACGGGGAAACGCGAGGAUUAGACGCGGGCGGCAAGUAUAUUUUCAAGUACGGCGAGAAGGGUUCCGGUUUCCGAACCCGCGGCGAACCUCAGGACUUCUACAGGCUGAGAGACGAGUGCCUCGAUCAGGGUACCCUGUUCGAGGAUCCUGAAUUUCCUGCCACCGACACAUCGCUUUUCUUUAGCCAGAGACCUGACAGAUACUACGAAUGGAAACGCCCCCACGAAAUCUGUGACGAUCCCCAAUUCUUCGUCGAAGGUUAUUCGAGGUUCGACGUGCAGCAGGGCGAACUAGGAGACUGUUGGUUAUUGGCCGCCGCGGCAAACUUGACCCUCUACCACAGGCUGUUUCUUCAGAUCGUUCCUGACGACCAAGGAUUCGAAGAAAAAUACGCCGGUAUCUUCCAUUUCCGUUUUUGGCAGUACGGACGAUGGGUGGACGUGGUGAUCGACGACAGGCUGCCUACGUACCGAGGUCAGUUGAUAUUUCUUCAUUCUACCGAGGAAAACGAGUUCUGGAGCGCGUUAUUGGAAAAAGCGUACGCAAAAUUGCACGGUUCAUACGAAGCGCUGAAGGGCGGUUCUACCUGCGAGGCGAUGGAAGAUUUCACGGGAGGCGUAACCGAAAUGUACGAAAUGGACGCCUGUCCUCCCAAUUUGUUUCAGAUCAUGAUCAAGGCGUACGAGAGAGCAUCGCUGAUGGGUUGCUCAAUCGAGCCGGAUCCCAAUAUAGUGGAGGCACAGACUCCUCAAGGUCUCGUAAGGGGACACGCGUACAGCAUAACACGGGUGCAAUACGUCGACAUCCAAACACCCAACGUCACCGGCAAAAUUCCAUUGUUAAGGUUACGGAAUCCAUGGGGCAACGAGUCGGAAUGGAAUGGAGCUUGGAGCGACGGCGCUCCCGAGUGGCGGUUCAUCUCGGAGUCUGAGAAGGAGGAGCUCGGUUUGACGUUCGAUAACGACGGCGAGUUCUGGAUGGCGUUCAAGGACUUCCAGGCGUAUUUUAGCCGAUUAGAAAUAUGCAACUUGAACCCUGACUCGUUAUCCGACGAGGAACUACGGGAGGGCAACAAGAAAAAGUGGGAGAUGUCGGUAUUCGAAGGCGAGUGGGUGCGUGGCGCCACCGCCGGCGGUUGUCGCAACUUUUUAGAGUCGUUCUGGCACAACCCCCAGUACAGGGUGACGCUCACCGAAGUGGACGAAGGCGACGAGGACGGCAAUUGCACCCUCAUUGUCGCCCUGAUGCAGAAGAACCGAAGACAAAUACGCAACACGGGGGCGGACCUGUUAACCAUCGGCUUCGCAAUAUACUACCUGCCUCGUCCGGACAGCGUGCCCAAACCAUUGGACGUCAGCUUCUUCAAGUACAACGCAUCAGUGGCGAGGUCGCCGUCGUUCAUCAACCUCCGCGAGGUGUCGUGUCGUUUCAAGCUACCCCCGGGCACCUACUGCAUCGUGCCGUCUACUUUCGACCCUGACGAGGAAGGCGAAUUCCUGCUGCGCGUGUUCAGCGAGCACCAGAACAUUAUGGAGGAAAAUGACGAACAGAUCGGUUACGGUGAGUUGGACGAGAAAGUGGCAAAAAUCGAACCAAGCGCGGAGGAAAGAGAAGAGACGGACAAGGUGUAUGAUUUCUUCCUCAAAUUGGCCGGCGAGGACAAAGAAGUCGACUGGAGGGAGCUGAAAGACGUCUUGGACUACUCAAUGGGCGAAGUCGUACGGCAACACGUUAACGGCAAUAGCAGUUACGCAAAGAAAGUCAACGAAGUGAACGCCCCUCAGACCCGCGUUUGCGACGUAGAAACUACGAAUCGAAGUCACUUUUUCGCGCAGCUUUUGACUUUGAUUUGUGGAACCUUUUGUAAGGAUGCACCGUUGGCCGAAAUUAUACCAGAUCCGACUCAAAAGGCACCCCUUUUGGCGACGUACGCUGAAUUGUUAGGAAAUGGUUUCUCCAUAGACAUCUGCAGGAGUAUGGUGGCUAUGUUGGAUGUGGACAGAUCUGGAAAGCUCGGCUAUGAGGAGUUUAAAGCUUUGUGGAGUGCACUACGCAGCUGGAAACAUGUUUGGUUGUUAUAUGACGUGGACAAUUCAGGUUCGCUCAGCGGAUUCGAACUCAGGCACGCCAUGAAGUCCGCAGGAUACAGACUGAAUAACAGAAUCCUAAAUGUGCUUAUGCACCGUUAUGGUAACAGAAAUGGUGAAAUAAGUUUCGAUGACUUCCUAACCUGUUCCAUUAAAUUGAAAACUAUGAUGGAUAUUUUUCGGGGCAAGGACAGAGCAGGAAUUAAUUCGGCCAGUUUCACCAUUGACGAAUGGUUGGAAAAUACUCUGUAUUCCUAAAUUUCAGGCAUCAGUUUACAUGGUUACAGCGAGCAAAUUGUGAUCUCACCCAAUCUUAUUUCUUAUACACGAAUAAUAUAUUUACCUCAAAUUUCGUCACCAGAUGUAUUUUAUUAAUUACUGUAUACAUAUUUCUUGAUCUUUGUCAG